AUGAGACAUUGUUGCUGGAUUGCUCAGACAGUUUAUUUAAGAUUUGGGGAUUUAAAAAAAAAUGCUAAUGAGCAAAAAUUUAUUUAUUUUAUUGAACAAAAAAAUCUAAACACAUCAAUUUAA